CAACAUCUGGAUGCUUGAGUGAGGUUGCUUCACUGCAUCACGUGGUUGAAGCAUCACGCAGCUGGCUGUAUCGCAGCGCGUUUCCACUAUGAAGCAUCAUCGCGACUGCUGCGCAUUUUGAUUGCAAGCCUUUGCUACCAAUUCCACCUAGACAGCUCUCCAAACGCACAGACAGGUUAUGCCACUCCACAGGCUUCCUGAAACCCCCAGUGUGAAAGAGAAGGGCUGAUCCCCAAGCUCUAGCUACUCUCCUCCCACCUCCACCCACCCCCCUGUCCCUCCCUAACCACACAUAGCCCCCCACUUCCACUCCGCCGGUCCCCGGACUCCGGACCCCAUGGCUGCAGGAGGCCAUGCCCAUGAGAAGGAUGUGUUGAUCAACCUGCAUCAGGAGGAGGAUGAGGAAGGUUCCACAGAGGAGCAGGAAGAAGAGGAGGAGGACUGGGAGAAGGCAUUAUCAGUGGAGAGGUUCGGGGACAUCAUCACUGAGUCCGUGUUCAGCAGCGGAGAAAAAAUGGGCCGCAACUACAACGAAAAGGAUUUUGAGUAUCAUCGGCACACCUUUCACCACACCCACCACCCCCUAUCCACCCACCUGCCCCCGCCCCAGCGCCUACGCAAGCGGGUGCUCAGCACGGACAGUGACCGCCGGCGCAAGAAGAAACGAAAGAAAAAAAAGACCUCCAUUCCGCCCUCGGAGGUCACGCCCACCAUCCAUGAGGUAGAUGAGGAGGAGGAGGCGGAGUCUGAGACAGAAGGGCGGGACCAAGAGGCCACGCCCACUGAGCAGCCUGACAACCAACCACAGUUUAGCUUGGGGAGUGAGGAGGAUUUGGAACCGGCUCUCCCUUUCACUUCCUUCCACAUGGAGAGCGAACAACAACAUCCCCCGCCAGAGAAGGCCACACUGGCCACGGCAGAGGAGGUGGUGGUGGAGGAGGAGGAGCAGCAACAGGAGGUUCGGGAGCAACCGGAGGAUGAGGAAGGUGAUGAAGAGUCCAACAACAGGUGCCCCCCCUCUGUGGACCCCCCUAGUGUGACCACCUGCGGUUGGUUCAGGAGGAAUCCCCUCCACCCUGCACCGAGGACCAGUUACGACCUGCGGGAGCGCAUCUGCAUCGGCAGUAUGACGACCAUGGAAACAGCCGUGUACCAGAAAGUGCCCACUGACGACGCUGAGGCUGAGAUGCUGGCUAGCGCUGAUCUGGACGACAUGAAAAGUCACCGAUUCGAGGACAACCCUGGAGUGAGGCGUCACCUGGUGAAGAAGUCAUCUCGAUGCCAGCUCCUCCAGACCACCAACAGCUCUUCUCAACUGUCCAGCGUGAAGAAGAAAAGGACGGCUGACAAGAAGACCCAUGAGGUGUUUGUGGAACUCAAUGAGCUGAUAGUGGAUAAGAACCAGGAAAUGCGCUGGAAGGAGACGGCCCGUUGGAUCAAGUUUGAGGAGGACGUGGAAGAGGAGACAGACCGCUGGGGGAAACCCCACGUGGCUUCGCUUUCCUUCCGUAGCCUGCUGGAGCUCCGCAGGACCAUCACACAUGGUGCCGUCCUUUUGGACCUGGAGCAGACCACCUUGCCUGGGAUUGCUCACCUGGUGGUGGAGACCAUGAUCAUCUCAGACCAGAUCAGAGCGGAGGACCGUGCCAACGUGCUCCGCGCCCUGCUGCUCAAACACCACCACCCCAACGACGAAAAGGAGGGCCUCUUCCAUCGCAACCACUCUAGUAACAGCCUUCAAGGCAGCUUCCACCGCAACCACAACCACGUUCCCAACACUGCGCUGCCCCUUGUGGCCGAAGACCACGCAGCGGUCCACCACCACCACCAUGACAACAAAGCACCAGACCAUGACAAAGAGAAAUCACAUCACCCCCCCCUGCCGACGGCUCACGACCAUCAGGUUACCAAACACACAAAACUCUUAGCCAAGAUUCCCAAGGACGCCGAAGCAACCGUGGUCUUAGUGGGGUGUGUGGAGUUCUUGGAGCAGCCGGCCAUGGCCUUCAUCAGGCUGAGUGAGGCGGUGCUGCUGGAGUCGGUCCUGGAGGUGCCGGUGCCAGUCCGUUUCCUCUUUGCCCUGCUCGGCCCCGCUCAGUCCAACAUGGACUAUCACGAGAUCGGACGUUCCUUCUCCACCCUGAUGUCUGACAAGAACUUCCACGAGGUGGCUUACUUCGCGGACGACCGGCAGGACCUGCUGAACGGCAUCAAUGAGUUCCUGGACUGCAGCAUCGUUAUCCCCCCGUCGGACGUGGAGGGCAAGGACCUGCUAAAGACGGUAGCCUCCUUCCAGAAGCAGAUGCUGCGCAAGAGGAAGGAGAGAGAGAACAUUAAGAAGGGCCUGACCCAUGCCACCCCCGGGACAGACCAGGAGACCAAAGAGGUGAGCCAGGACGAGCAGGAAGAGGAGGACCAGGAGGUGGACCCCAUGAAGCGGUCGGGCGUCCCCUUCGGAGGCCUCAUCCAUGACAUCAGGCGACGCUACCCACGCUACGCCAGUGACAUCAAGGAUGCCUUGGACUCACAGUGCAUUGCCGCCAUCAUCUUCAUCUACUUCGCAGCCCUCUCGCCCACCAUCACCUUCGGAGGACUGCUGGGAGAGAAAACAGAGGGCAUGAUGGGAGUGUCUGAGCUUAUCAUCUCCACGGCGACCCUGGGGGUGCUGUUCUCGCUGUUGGCCGGACAGCCCCUGCUCAUCAUUGGAUUCUCAGGUCCGCUGCUGGUGUUUGAGGAGGCUUUCUACAAGUUCUGCCAGGCCCAGGGCUUUGAGUACCUGACUGGCCGUGUGUGGAUCGGCUUCUGGCUCGUCUUUAUAGUGCUGUUGAUAGUAGCGGCAGAGGGCAGCUUCUUGGUCAAAUACAUCUCACCCUUCACCCAGGAGAUCUUCGCCUUCCUCAUCUCACUCAUCUUCAUCUAUGAGACCUUCUCGAAGCUCAUCAAGGUAUUCCAGGAGCAUCCUUUGAUGAGAAGCUACCCGCCUGCUCUCAGCCUGCCCGGUAUGGACUUCAUCAACCCCACAGACCCCGGGGGCCCGGUCCUAAACCAACCCAACACAGCCUUGCUGUCUCUCGUCCUUAUGCUUGGCACCUUCUUUGUGGCCUUCUUCCUCAGGAAAUUGCGCAAUAGUCGCUUCCUGGGCGGGAAGGCCAGAAGAAUCAUCGGAGACUUUGGCAUCCCCAUCUCCAUCCUCUUCUCUGUACUGUUGAGUUACUCCAUCCCCGACACGUACACCCAGAAGCUGAAUGUACCGUCUGGUUUCUCGGUCACGUCUCCUGACAAGCGGGGCUGGUUGAUCAGUCCAUUCGGUGACAAGAAGCCCUUUCCCUUGUGGAUGAUGGGGGCUUCGGUGGUGCCCGCCCUCCUUGUCUUCAUCCUCAUCUUCAUGGAGACACAGAUCACCUCACUAAUCGUCAGCAAGAAGGAGCGUCGCCUGGUCAAGGGAUCGGGCUUCCACCUGGACCUGCUGCUCAUUGUCACGCUGGGCGCCAUGUGCCCUCUGUUAGGCCUGCCCUGGCUCACAGCCACCACUGUGCGCUCUGUCACGCAUGUCAACGCCCUUACUGUCAUGAGCAAGGCCACGGCGCCUGGCGAGAAGCCUAUGAUCCAGGAGGUGAAGGAGCAGCGGGUGACGGGCCUGGUAGUUGCCGUGCUCGUGGGCAUGUCUAUCGUGAUGACGGACGUGCUCCGUAACAUCCCACUGGCCGUGCUGUUCGGGAUCUUCCUCUACAUGGGCGUCACGUCGAUCACCGGCAUCCAGCUCUAUGAGCGCAUCACACUCAUGUUCACGCCCGCCAAGCACCACCCCGACCACAUAUACGUGACCAAGGUGAAGACGUGGCGUAUGAACAUGUUCACCAUCAUCCAGCUGGCCUGCAUCGUGCUACUGUGGGUGGUCAAGUCGACCGUGGCCUCACUCGCCUUCCCCUUUAUCCUCAUCAUGACCGUGCCGCUCCGCCGCAUCAUCCUCUCCCGGAUCUUUGAGGAGCGUGAGCUUCAGGCGCUCGACGGGGACAAUGAGGACUCCCCCAACUUUGACGAGGAUGGUCGGGACGAGUAUAAUGAGAUUCACAUGCUUGUGUAGACACGUCACACGGGUAGGCCAAAUAGGCUCUCUCCAUCUUCCAAGGCUCUCUCCAUCUUCCAAUCACGAGCAUGCUUCUUGUUACGUCUGGGAGCUGUGUCUUGAAAACGCUCAGAUGAUGGUAGGAUUUUCGUCCAACAGAGAAACCUGAUGUAUAUAUACUGUAUAUACAUAUAUUAUAUUCAAAUUCUGCUGUACUUUGAUCUAAAAAUAAUGUAACGGAAUAACCCCACUAUUAUAAUUUGUUUCUGUUUUUCCUGCUGCAACAUAGUUGUUUCUCUCAGAGGUCAGUAGCUCUACUGCCCUACUGUUGCUGUGCGUGUCAGGAAUCCUCAAGUGCGUGACAUGGACAUUGCACCUUUUAAACACAGACCAAUAAUUCAAAAACACUCGUCCCCACUCAAACCCUGGACAUGGGUUCUUCCUCUUACUUUUAACGGUCAAGCUCUCUACAGGUUAAGGGCGUAAGUGCAAUGACAACAACCCCAAGUACUCCAGUAGGUUGGUUUUCCCUCCCAGUGUUGGAGUCCCAUUUAUUUGGGGCAAAGGUGGAAUGAACACUGGUUGUAUGACAGCCACACUGGUUUCACUGGGAGCCAAUACUCCACUGCCUCCUCAGCAUAACUGCCUUUUUACCCUUCUUCGUACUGUAGCCAUUAUCAGUGGAAUUCAAUGACGACGUUAACCAAACAGGAAGUUCGGCAUUCCCUUUUUAUUUAUUUUCACUGUGUGCACUCCCUUUAGUUGUGUGCUCCUCACAGGAUACGUUCACCUUUGACCUUUGUGAUUCACCUGCACUGACACACCAGUUCCCUGGUCCAAUAACAGGGACAGGAUACAUUCGUUGGUCCCCUCUCAAUGCAGAUCUCCCUGAAACAAAGGAUUACAUGUGUUUUGGAGUGAUGUUACUUUAUAAGGUAUAUUCUGCGCAACAGCCCAAUCCAAUGAUUGUGGAUGCAUACAAGUAAACACAUUGAGAUCUGCUGACCUUGAACAUGUUUAAAUUCUUCUUUAGUAUUUUUGUGACCUUACCAAAUUAAAUGUUAGCCUACCUAUUUACUUUAGUUUGUUGUUAGUUGCCAAAAUGAUAUGAAGCGAUAUUGACAUAAGGGAUGCAUUCUAAAUGCCUGUUAGUUGGAGGAAUUUGCAAUUAUUAACAUUAUUCAAAACCUUUGUCAAAGUCACUGGAAUUAUGCCACAGGUAUCAAAAUCAAUGUAUAGCACCACUGUCAUUGUGUACUUCCAUGUUCUGUAAGCAACUGUUGGAUGUGAAGGGUACUAUAGCAUCAGGUAAAACUAACCUUUGGAAAGCAAAUUGAUCAUUGAUCAUUGGUUUUGUGUCCCUGUUGUGUACACAAAUCAUUCAAGGAAAUAUUUAAAAUUAUACACACAGGUGGUUCAGAAGUGAUUAUAUACAACUUGGCAUGUGUUUAACAUGUACAGUGAUUGGAAUGAACUCUUUUCCCCAAGGUUCAAGUUUAUACCCCACACAGAAUGUUUGUAUGUUAUCAUGAACAGUGCUGCAGAACCAUAGGUUUAAAUUGAUACACGUGAAGUGGAGACCAUGUUUCAAAUAUUGAAGCAUCUGCUGAAUUUGACGAAAUGAUGUAUUGUAUAGUAUGAUACUGCUGUUUUUCUUUUUUAAUAGAGAAGUGUAACAUCACAUGUCUUAUUGACUCUUGUUGUACAAACACUACACUCUUAGAAAAAAGGGUUCCAAAAAGGUUAUUUGCGGAGGGAUAGGGUUCUACCAAGAACCGUUUUGAUCUGAAGAUCCCUUUUUGGAAGACAAGGGUUCUUUGCAAGGGAAAGGGUUCUACCUAGAACGUUUAAUAACAUUCUAAUAACCGUUUCUGGAGGAAAGAGUUCUUUAAUAAUUCUUUAGAUGGCAAUAAGGAUUCUUUGAAAGGCAAGAAGGGUUCUUCAUAGAACCAUAUAUCAUACAGUAUUUCCCAGCAUGCUCUAGGUAGAACCAUAUACAGGGGGUUCUAUAACGAACACUAUAUAAAAGAUUCAAUGUAGAACCCUCAGCAAAGCGUUCCCCCAUGGGGACAAUCCGAAGAACCCUACAUGGUACUACUACUUAGCACCGUUUUUUCCCUAAGAGUGUAGAUACUGGGAUUGCAAUGUUGUGUAUGGACAACUUACUUAGCCCUACCGUGUGAGACUUAUUGAAUGUAUAGGCCUAUAUAGUAAGUUUCCAGGGAUGUUGUUUUGAUAGUCUCUACUUUGUCUGCACUGUCUCUUCCGCUGCUCUGUUAAACUGGAGGUAUGCUAGCGUCAACUUGGCUUCUGAAGGAAGGACUUAAGUCAAUAGAAUCUCAGACCAAAGUGGUCGUGCUUUACUCUGGGCUUGGAGUAAUAGACAGCUACUGGCAGUGCGUUUGGCAUGUCAAAGGCAAAGGGUAUCACAGUUACCAUGGCGGCAGACAUGAAAAUGGGAAGAGGGCAAGGGGAGAAAGCUUCCCCCUCACUCAAUGUGAAGUCAAAAGGUCUUUGUUGUUUGAGAACACGGGUUUGCUGGUGUGUUGAGGGCUACCAGAGAUCCCCGUGGCCCUGUGGUGGAUAGGCCUACACUCAGUAAAACAAUCACUCAGUCACUGGGAAAAAAAGAUUUGGAAGAGUGGUUAUUAUUCAAGAUAAUAAAAAGGUAUAGUGUUGCCACUUUCUUCUGCUCUGUCUGGAUUCCUCAAGUUUUGGAGCAGGGACAUGAAAAGAAAAUUGUUCUAGGCCCGUGAAAAAGGCCUGGCAUGUUAGAUGUUGGGAAUCCACAAUGUUUCGUCGCCUGAUACCUCCAUGCUAGCACAGACCAGACCACCCACUCAAAAUCUACGAAUAUAGCGUUGUUAUUUUUUACCCCUGUUACUUACCCUUCUCUCACUUGAUGUGUCUGGGACCUUUUCUUUCUUCAUUUGAUUGGAUGACUAGGACAUUUGUGAAGGCAUUAAGAAGUACUGUAGACAAUCAGAAAUGUAUGCAAUUAGAUUACCUGUAUAUCUUUGUUAUGUAUCUACCUUCAUAAGUAAUAAGAUAGCACUGCUAACCCUGUGGCAACAUCCUACUGUAUGUCCAGUUUUUUUUCAUUUGAAUUAAUGGGUAAUUCCCAACUUGUCCUACCAUUGUUGCACCAUGUAAUGAAUAUAGAGUUAUAAAGGUGAAGGUCCCCUUUAAAGGGAUAGUUCAAGAUUUUGGCAAUGAAGCUACGAGCUAGUUAACUUAAUGCUAACUAGCAUUAACACAAUGACUGGAAGUAUACUGGAACAGUUAGCAUUAGCACCAGUCAUUGUGCUAAUGCUAGUUAGCUUUGACUCGCAAAACUACCUUCCUGCAUACUGUACGCAGACAUAAAAAUGGUAUCCACUAGUUCAUCACUAGUUCAUCAGACUCUGGGGAGGUAGAUAAUGGGCUUAUUGUUAGGUAGGUGAAUUUGACUUUAAUUGACGGUCUUGUGGCAUUUAAAGGAUUUUCUGCAGCUCACUUGUAAUGAAGGACUUAUGACAUAUCCCUCAAUGAAGGACAAUGUUUUUAGUGUCACUCUUAAGAAGGUGAGUAUGGUUUAUACAUGCGAUACCUGUGUUAAAAUCAGCCUGAAGCGUGACACACAUACACACACACACACACAAAGAUAAGUCUUUCUGCUCUGAAAACGAUACCUGAUGAAGUGGGGUUUGUCUGUCUGAGAAAAAAAGUAUGUGAGUUAAUUUUAUGAUAAAUUAUGAAUUACUUUAGCAUUAGCAAUACUGAAAGAUUCUUAUGUUAUGUGGAUACUUGAAUAGCGUUUCAGCCUGUUAUUAUUGUAAAGAGGUUUUCAAACUCCUGUAAAACAAAUUGUUAUUUUUUUGUCUGAAAAUAAAUAUUUAUGUGUUUCAAAUAAA